CAUCAAUGCGUCCGAGUCAACCGUCCCUCGUUGCAAGUCACUCGAACUUCGGGCGCUCUGGCAUCGGUCUUGCGCUUCUGGCCCUAGAAGUAGUGGACUCUAUUCUUUGCGGUAUAUUCAACCGCGUGGCGGCACACUCUAGCAUUUGUGUUAUGCAUUAGUCCGCCGUCCCUUCGGUGCCGCCCAUUUGCGCUUCAUAAGCCUCAUUCAAGAUGGCUUCCGUCGACGACCUCUCGCGGUCUGAGUACCCGGCAAUGCUCGCGAAUCUGCAACCUAGCCAGGCUGUUCAAGUACUGUCCGACCGAGUCAAGCGCAUCGCCAGAGCCAACCAGGAGAUAGCAGACUGGCUUCAGGAGCGCCGGAAGGUGGAGGAGCAAUAUGUUGCCUCUCUGCGCAAGCUCCUGGUCUUCAAAGUACCGAAUGCCGCGUCAGAGCUUGGUAUCUUCCAAGCGCCAUGGGAUAAGAUCCUCCAGUCAACCGACGGCAUUGCCGCCUCACACCAUCUGUUCGCCCAGCGCAUCGAGAAAGACGUCGAGCAGCCCCUCCGGAGUUUCCAAAACAAAAAGGAGAUGCAAAACAUCCAAACGAUCAGCGCGAAUCUGCAGGCAAUGGCGAGAGAAUUGGACGAUGCGGCCGACAAGUCAGACAAACUAAACAAGAAGGGAGGGAAGGCGAACGCGCAGAAGGUCGAUCAAGCUGCCGCAAGGCUCGAGGCGGCCACUCAGCAGUGGGAGUCACAGGCGCCCUUUAUUUUUGAGACGUUACAAGCCUUGGAUGAACAGCGGAUAAACCACCUGCGCGAUGUCUUGACGCAAUUCGAAACCCAUGAGGUCGACCAGGCCACCCGCACCCAGGCAGCGGCUGAAGAGGUGCUCAACGUGAUGCUCGAGGUGAACACGUCGCAGGAGAUCCAGAACUUCGUACAGCGAGCAACUGCUGGGAAGCCAAAGGUGGAAAGGAAAUCGGUGACAAGGCAAUCCACCCCUGUCACAUCAACUGCAGCUCCCCCGAGCAUCACCGGUGACGACGUUAGCGAGCAUUCGGGCCACAGAGAAAACGCUCCCGAAUCGAAGUUGAGGAGUCGCAUCGGCACCAUGCUAGGGCGCCGACGCCAGAGCGUCCACGGCGGAUUCGGGCAAUUGGGUUCUCCCCCGAAGGGCCUUGGUUUCUCUCGAGGCCUCUCGAGCAGCCACAGCCAAACAUUGUCCCCUCGAGCUUCAUCCCACAAUUUAACCGAUUCCCAGAACAGGCUGCCGUCGGUGGUUGAGAGUCCAACCGCGGAGCACACGCGAGACUCCACUGCCGACAACGAGCAGCGCAAGAAGUCUCAUGAAGGAACAAACGGGGUCUCUGUCGGAGAGUCAUCCAACAAUACCCAACUGGCAAAGCCCGGCCUCCUCAAUGGCACGGCUGAGGAUAUCUUUGAUGCGCCGACAGGGGCCGCGGCUCAGCAGCUGCAGAGCAAAGAAGAGCCGGGCAAGGACGCUGAUGGCUUCACAAUACCACCUGCCAUGAACGAUCCCAUCUCCCAGGCACAACGGGAGGCCGCAGCCGAAGAGGGUGACCACCUCUUCAAGCUCAGCAUCCAAAAUGAGCCCAUUCCCGAGGAAGACCAAGAUGCUAAGCAAGCGGCUUUGUCCAACGUUGCGAAUGCGCUGACCACCAUGGGGAUGCCAUCGCGGAAAACUGGCACGGUACGGGGGAGGAGGGACGUCAGGAACACUGUGUACAUGCCGUCCUUGCCGACCCAUGACAUGGCUGCCGAGCAGCCCGUUCCACUCUCGCCUUCUCUGCCAACAAGCACGACAAUGCCGAGGCCAACACCUUCCACGACAUUCAUUUCCGAGACAAGCCAUGCCUCUGAUACGCAGUCAAUUCGGUCAGGGACGUCAUUUGGCGGCGCAUCCUCAUAUAGUAGCAUCGCCCGCCUCAAACACCCGGAUAUGCACGGCCCAUCUUACGGACCUGGGUUGCACUCCUCCGUUAUCGAGACCGUGUCUGCUGUCUUCCAAGACGGCAAUCUCAACUCUGUCAAAGUCACUGGAGAGAUUGCCCUCGCUUAUGUCCCCGAUCCGAACUCCCUCUCCACAGACUGCGAAACAAUCCGCCUCAACAAGUUUUUCCUUCUUGAAUCCAUUGGCCCCAAUCCCGUCUUCGUGAACAACACCGCCAACCCUGACGAAUUCUCCAUCGAUGUCUCACACCUCACCACCACCACUACCUCAGCCUUCACCUACCGCAUCCACGCCGACUCGGACACCGCCCUGGCCUCCCAAUGUCCUAUCGUAAUCCACCCGGUCUGGAAGCCCCAAGCCGACAAGCUCGGCCUCCUCCUCCAGUACCGCCUCAACCCGUCCUCGCCCCUGCCCCGCCCCGUGACGCUGUCCAACGUGGUCUUCGUCGCCACCUACGAGGGCGCCCGCGCGAGCGGCGUGCAGACCAAGCCCUCGGGCACCCACCUCAAGGAUAAGCACAUUGUCUACUGGCGCUUGGGCGACGUCACGCUGACGGAGGACUGGAGCAAGAUUAUCUGUCGGGUUAUUGGCGAGCAGAAUGCGGAGCCGAUGCCGGGUAGGGUCGAGGUUCGGUGGGAGUGGGCUGCCCCUUCUUCUUCUUCUUCUUCUUCUCAACAACAUAGCGGUGCUGGUGAGGUGGGCAGUGGGAUCUCCGUUGCGAGGUUGCUGCCCGAGGGGAAGGGCAAGGGGAAAGCCGUGGAGGUGGAGGAGGACGAUCCGUUUGCGGAUGUCGGAGCGUCUCCUCCGGCGUCGCCAGAUUUUGCUGGCCAAGGGAGGUCGUGGGCUGAGGUACCUGUUUUGAGGAGGCUGGUGAGCGGGAAGUAUGAGUCGAAGUAGGCUGGGUCAUCGAUUAGAUUGGGAGGUUUGGAGGGUGUUUGGACUUCUUGCGGUCGAGCGAGCCAUGGAUAGAUGUACUUGAUGCAUGGUUCUUUUUCUUGAAGGGUCGUUAAUUACACCGGAGGCAUAUUUUGGAAGCUGUUGUUGGUUCGUUGCGGUCAGCGAGCUCAAGCGCAUUAGCCCCUGGGAGCGAGAAGAACGCAUAUACAUACCUACAUGUCGACCCUUAUUCACUCCUUCCUUGCCCCUAUCGAGACGGUCCCACAAGACCAAAACGGGUUUGGUUACUGUUGUUCCACUGUGUCCCGAUGCCGAAUAUGGAGAAAC